AGUAUGAGCGCAGAUGUGAAUUGUAUUGUCUACAAUGAAGAAUAUAUGACGUGUACAUGGAACCUCAUUGAAGGGAACAUAAAAUACACCAUGUACCACUGGUAUGUCGCACAACCAGCAGUGGAAUGUAGGAACUACAUUCAGCAGGGUGGCUAUAACGUUGGAUGUAAUUUCUCAGCCAGUGACAUUAUACAAUUCAAAGACUUCCACGUUUUCAUAAAUGGAUCCAGUGAUUCAGGAAACGUUACAACAAAAAACGGAAAGUUUCAGCUUCAAGACCAGGUGCAACCCUUUCCACCUGGAAACCUGAGUGUCAAUACUACAGAAAACAAUGGUCUCCUCCUGAAAUGGGCCGCUCCAAUGCGCACAGAGAGAUGUUUGGAAUAUGAAAUCAGGCACCGGAAUAAUAAAGACAAGGAGUGGCAGAAAGUAUCAAUCACGGUGCAGACAAAGUUUAAUUUGGCGAGUGUGGAUCCAGAGAAGCUCUACACCUUUCAAGUGAGAAGCAAGAUUAACAUAUAUUGUGGCACAACUGAGCUGUGGAGUGAGUGGAGCCUCCCUGUGUCCUGGGGUAAAAAUGAUACCCAAGCAGAAAAUUCAAAAGAGUCAUUCAACACCUACGUCACCGUGGUUUCCAUUGUGGUAUUAAUUUUACUUGUAAUCUGUCUAAUACGGAUAGAAAGGUUGAAGGUGAUUAUCAUCCCAAAAAUUCCAAAUCCAGGCAGAAACUUUGACCCUCUUUUCAACAAUCACAAUGGAAAUUUCCAGGAUUGGCUUGGCGUCUCAAAGGACACACUGGAUGGCUUCAAAUCAAGCUACUAUGAGAAUGUGUGCAUUGUGAGUGAAUCCCCACCUGAUUCCACCCCAAGCAGUGUCCAUGAUGGGUCCUAUGAGCAUCUUGGAAGGACAGAUAACCCGGAAAAGACCUUCAAUCCUGACAACAAGGGAGACGCUCAUCUGAAAUUCACCUCUCCUGCAAUGAUGUUUUCUGAUAUUACCGAUUUUGUAGAGAAUACAACACCAGGUCUGGCUGAGGAGCAAAAGAGUGAGCAAGAACUGGCCGAAGGGAGAGAGAGAAAGAGAGAGUGAGAGUGAGAAAGACAAAAAGAGUGACCAGCAGCCUGAACAUUUAUAGCAUGAGUCAUUUGAUUGUUACUGUGUUGUGGUGUCACAAGUGACUUACAAUGGGCUGUUGCAGCUUUUAACAUAUAAUUUGAUGUUAAAUUAAGAAAGCUUUUGUUUUGCAUUUUUAAUUUCUCUGUAUUCAUUAUAUUUUAAAAAAAAUGUUUAUGUAUUUGAAUAUAAUUUAAUUUCUGCCUGAGCUGUGAUCAUAAUACGUUAAAAAAUUUGCUUUUGAAUAAGCCAUUAGUUGAUGCUUUGUCGCUAAUUUCCAAUGUGACAUAGAUGUUAGCUUAUAAAAUGGGAAACAGUGAGAAAUUUUUAUUUGCAUUGACCAGGAAAGCUUAAAGCUUAAAGCCCAAAGUAAAUUUAUUAUCAAAGUACAUAUAUAUCACCAUAUACUGUACUGCUCUGAGCUUUAUUUUCUUGCAGGCAUUCACAGUAAAUACAAAGAAACACAAUGGAAUCAAUGAAAUGCUGCACACAACAUACCAAAUUAGCAAUCUUGAUCAAUUGUUGGGAGAAUUCAGAUCAAUAAAACUGAAUUUGUUAAAAUAAUGAUUGUAAAUAGAAGCAAUCAUUUUAAAAGUUGAUUGUCAUCAUAAAUCACUAAAAAUUACACUAUUUUCUUUACCAAUAUCACCUUCACUGAAUUGGAAAAAUUGCUUGAAAUUACUGGAGUCCAGAUUUUCGAGCUUGUAUUUAAAUCUCCCAGGCACGCCGUAUCACUGAGUAAAGCUGAGUAACUAGGCAGAUUUGUUCUAUGUUUCCACAAUCAGCUUAAGGAAGAGGCCUGGAGAUUCAUAACACACACCAAUCAGGCAAGUAGCCAACAAUGUUCCAUUAUUAAAUUACCCAUUCCCUUCCAACAGUCGCCUUCCAUAGACUUUACCUGGCAUAUUGCAGAAACAGAAGUUGGUGUGUAUUGUCAAGAAAGUGUGAAUGACAUGCUUAAACUGAAAAAAAAAGCAAUAGAAGCUGCUGACUAAGCAAACUUUCAAAUGCCUGUAAUGACAAAGGAACGGUUGAGAGAAUGUGUUGACGUACUAUUAAUCAAAAGCCCUUGUGAGAAGUUUUACUUUUCCCAUGACUGUGUAAUUUUCCCUAACACAGAGAACAUUACUUUGUUAUGAUAAGAAGAAUAAUUCUUUAGAUGUCACCUUCCUUUUGCGGUGAUUAUUUUCUGUGUUUUGGAUUUCCCCUGCCCUGUGUCUUUCUAACUGUGAUUAUGGUAAAUGAUUAAUUCAAUAUUGUGGUGAACGGGAGGACUUAUGGUUAUAUAAUUCUGAUGUAGGGUUUCAACCCAAAGCAUCAACAAUUCCUUCCCUCUCAAAGAUGCUGCUUAAUCUCAAAGUUAAAAGUUCAAACUUUGAUCUCCUUAGUUCUUCCACCAAAAUUCUUUUUACAUUUAUAUAGUACCAUUUAUGUCUUUCAAAGGAACUUCACAACAACACAUGUGCAGUUCCAAGAAGUUGUGUGUGAAUAGAUCACUCUUCCUCUCUACAUCACUAACAUUCUCCUUUCUAAGCUGCUCAAAGCACUAGGUUCAUUUAUUGUCACUCCUUGUUUACAAAUGUUGAGCUUCAAGCAUUCAUUCUCUGGGAAAUUACGUUUGAGGGGCGCAUUCCGUUGAAGCCAAAAGCUGCUGUCUCACCACACCUCUUCUUUUGAACUGCCAGCUGCACCAUAUGAUUUUCCGCCAUUUCUUAAAUAAAUCAAUUCAAGCAUUGUAGUCUAGUUGUUUUAAUCACAUAAACUGUAUUUGUGUUAUGGCAUGAGAGAAGAUUGUGAAUUUUUAAAUAGAUUCCACAUCCAAAUCAAGCCCCUGUCAGGGUGUCCAAACCUUCAACUGCUCCAGGUGUCACAGAAUCUACUUGCAGACACUGCUCAGUUAUUUCAACUAGAUUGGGGCAAGAGCUGAGAUGAGGAAAGCCAACUUGACUCUUUCAGUCUGAAAUAUAACCCUGAUAGUUCUGUUUUUGCUCCAGGCUAUAUUUUUGAGCAUGUCCUAUAGACAUUGAAAAUUAUAUUAGUGAAUUCAAUUGUAAAAAACUAUGAUUAUUUUCUAGUGUUUCUCUCCUUGAGGUAAAUCAAGGGUUACAUCAAUUUGCUGGUCUGCAUUGUACAUGGAUUAUACUGUAUUCUGUAAUGAAUAAAUAAAUAAAAACACACAAAAU